GUGCUAGAGAGAAGGCCUAGCCUUAAACCCCCGUUCCGGUGUCGUCGCAAACGAUAUUUCGGUUUGUUUACUUUUUAUGUGCUCCGUUUCGAGGUGGGCAGGUUCGGUUUGUGUUGACUGGGUGUGACUAACUCGAAGGUGGCGCUAUGUGCAUGUGACUAAAUGCCCGACCCCCCAACGGACUGGUUAAGUGAGUGAGUAACAAGUUGAGUUGAAGAGAGAACGCUCUUCUUCACUCCUGCAUCAGGGAGUUCGUCUUUUUAAAAUGCUCAUUAUCGUCUGCUGGAAAGGUUCUUAUUGUUUUUGAUUCUUCUCGUUUGCCGCCGGAGCUGUGAAACCAAAAAGUGUUUUCGCAUGUUAUUUGUUAUCGCUUGGCAAUAUUAUUCUUCGUCUUAAAUGUAAAAAGACGUUUAUGUUGAACUGAUUAUUCGAUUUCUAUAUUUAUCAACAAUGUCUGCUAAAGUGAUAAUUAUCAUCCAAAAAUGAACACUGAAUCAGGUUCUUAAAAAUCGAACAGUCGAUGAACAUUAAUUCUUUUUAAAAUUUCUAAGCCAUCUACAGAAAAAAAAAAAAAAAUCAAAAGAUUCAUCAUCAAUUUUUUUUUAACCUAAUGCAAGUGUUAUUUUAGCUGAUACUAGCAAUUUUGAAUUUCAUAAUAGCAUUAAAUCGCCCACACUCCCCGAAACUAUUCAAUUCACAAAUAAACUCCACACUUCUAAGAAAAUUUAAAAACUCUGAAAUAAAGAUCAAUAAAAAGAACUAAAAAAAAUUGCAAGUCAAAGUUCUUGAACUCAUUCAGUGUCAACAUAAAAGAACUUCACCAAGAACCAUUUAUGCUUAUCGACGUUAAAUCGUGUGACAUUCCCGGCGGAUGGUACGGUUCCGUACCGCGUCGCAGCUAAGCCUAACGAGGCAGGGUCUAUGGUCGUCCCGGCACGAGUUCACCAUUCAAUGGAUGCCGCCGCGGGGCCGAGGUCCAGCGGCUUCCAGUAUCUCCAGCGACGUUCCUUUCCCAUGGCCAUGUCGAGCAGGGCCAAAGACUUUUCGAUUGACGCACUCAUGUCAACAUCGGUCACAGAAGAAAGUUCCGAAGAAUCCGAACGGGACACACCUUUGGGACGCGACACUCUUUCAAUUUCGCCUCUCGCCAAAAUGGUGGAGCGGACUUCUCAGAGCCCCCUGAGUCCCGUUUCUCUCUUGUCCCCAGCAGGUCAAAGAUGUGCAACAUCCCCCGAACUCACCCCCUCAGACACGGACACCGGACCGCUGGUGGACGACGACAUCGACAAGCAAUCGACGAAGAUAUCCGAGGACAAUUUCGACCUGUCCAGCAAGGACAGCGCAGACAGCUUGGACCAGGUGAAGCCGGCGAAAUCCAAGUCCGAUAAAAAGAAAGAGAAAAUUGAUAAAGCGACGCCCAUCGUGGGCAAGUGCAACUGCGAAGAGCUGAAAGCUGUCGAAGCCCACCUGGAAACAAAGGACCUUUGGGAGAAAUUUCACGGUUUGGGCACCGAAAUGAUUAUUACCAAGAGCGGAAGGCGUAUGUUUCCGACGGUCAGAGCGUCCUUUUCCGGAGCAGACCCCCAUGCCAAAUACGCAGUUCUAAUGGACAUUGUUCCAGUAGAUAACAAGCGAUAUCGAUAUGCCUACCAUCGAUCAUCAUGGUUGGUGGCUGGGAAAGCGGACCCUCCGUCACCCUCUAGAUUGUACAUGCAUCCGGACUCUCCGUUCACCGGUGACCAACUCAAAAAACAGGUGGUGUCUUUCGAAAAAGUGAAGCUCACGAACAACGAAAUGGACAAGCAGGGGCAUAUCGUUUUGAAUUCUAUGCACAAAUAUCAACCUAGAAUUCAUUUGGUUAAGCUCAAGCCUAACACUCAGGGAGUACCGACAAUCACCAACAUCGAAACAGAACAAUUUCGCACUUACGUUUUUCCAGAAACGGUUUUCACUGCUGUCACAGCUUAUCAAAACCAACUGAUUACAAAACUGAAAAUUGAUAGUAAUCCUUUCGCCAAAGGUUUUCGAGAUUCUUCAAGACUCACAGACUUAGAAAGGGAGUCUAUGGAAACCCUAUUACGUGAACAUGCCUUUCGAUAUUCACCUUUUCGAACAUUGAUGACUGGCGAAUUACCGCCAGACCAAUAUGCGCUCUCAGCUGGACUUGGAGGCAUGCCAUCCAGUGCCGAUCUCUUAUUCAUGGCCAGCCAGACAGGAUCACCAUGGAAAUUUCCAUCUGCUCCUCUAAGCAUGGCCGAACUCAGCACACUAAUGGCAGCCCAGCAUCAUUCACAACAGAACCAAGCCAGUUUACAGAGUCUUUAUUUUGGACUGCAGCGUUCCGCGUUCCCGCCAUUUUCUUUGCUUGGCGCUGGAAAUCCAGCCUUCAUGCCAGGUUCUUCACCUCACCUACAGUCGCCAGCCUCGACUUCAGCAAGAACAACCAUUAGUGGUUCCAGUUUAUCGCCACUAAAUUCAUCGCCAACGAUGACAUCUGCGCCAACCAACAGCCAUACAGGAAUGUAUUCCUCAGUACCGAUGACAGCAACUAGGUUACCUGCAAUAUAUCCAGGAAUGAAGUUCCAUCCUUACUUUCAUCCGAGACUUGUGCAAUCAUCACCGAGUAAAGAUUCGGACUGCGAUGGCUUGGCGCCACAGGUGUAGCGUUCGCAGAGUGAGCCAGUUCCUUAAAAAAUGCUCAAAAACUCGCACCAGAAGUGUUUAAAACUGCCAAAUUUGAGAUCGUAAAGCUUGCUCGUUUCCUUAUUUCGCUUGGAGAUGAAGCAUUUUGUUCCUGUAGAGCAGGCAUCAUACAGGAAUGGACAAAAGAAAACAUGCUUAUCAUGCAUUUCAAAAGUUUUUGCUGGAACUGUUAUUACCACAGAAUCUCAAAAACUGUUCAAUUGUCGUUUGUUUCUUUAUGGUGUUGUGUUUUUAGAUCCAACUUAAAAACUGCUUAUGAAUUGCAGCACAAAGAUAGCCAAUGAUGUUUAAAUAAUACAAACUUUAUUAAUAGGACAGAUAAUUCCUCAGAUGCUUAUGGAAUUUCGAAUAGUCAAAGUAAUCACUCUCAUGAAUGUUUAGCAAAUUCCAGUAUGUAAUAUCGCGGUUUUCAACAAAUCUUAUGUUAUGUUUUGUAAACUCACAUUUUACUAACAAAAUUCUUCAACAAAUUCUCACCUUGUUACAUGUAGGAAUUCUCAAUUCUUACAAACUAAGAAGUGAAUGAAAUUCCGAUUAGCAUAAAAAAAGGUAAUUUUGACUAGCAUUUUAAAGAUAUUAUUAUUAUGAUAGAAAAUAAUGUUUCUAAGAAAUGCCUUAGAUUAAUACAUGCAUUAAAUCAAUGAAUAAAAAUUUGUAUUCGCAGGUGUAAUUAUUAAAAAUCUUAUUUUUUAAAAAAUGAUAUUUGCUAUGGACAUUCUAAGUGUUUUCUAGUGCACUUUUAUAAAUGAAAAGACAUAUUGAAAAUUUAAUAUAAAGAAAUAGAAAAAAAAGACACGAAUGUUUAUUUGCAAAUUAGCAAAAUACUAUUUAUAUUGAGUUCCUAUAUUUUCAUGCGUUAUUUUUAUUAUAUUAUCUUUCUAAUAAGAAACCCUCUUUCUGCUACAGAAUACAUGAAGAAUAACAAUUUAAUUUAAUAUUAAUAUUUAAUUCAAGAAAUUCAUUGUAAAUUAAAACAGUCUUUAUUAUUUCUGUUGUAAAUUAACUCGGGGUAUGGAUUUCUUUCUCUGUUUACCUGUAGAUGCUUUUAUAUAAAAAAAAUUUGUAUCGGAAGCAACAAGCUUCUAUAAAACUAUUAAUCCGUUUCAGUUUUGACGAUAUUGGUAAUUUUUAAUUUUGAGUAUCAUAAUAUAAAAGCCUGGAUUUAAUUAAAACAUUUCUAAAGGUUAAAAAAAUCAUUAUGAAUUAAUAUAAUAACAUUUAAUAGUAAUUUCCUUAAAAAAAAUACAAAAUUUCUUUAAAAAAUACAAAAUAAGUUAGCUCAUAUUAUAAAAUUUGUAAUUGGAUUUUAAAAGAUGAAAAUAAUUUAAAUUUAUUUCAUCGGGCUUUAUUUCAGAUAAAAAUAUGCAUUUCUAUAUUUCUAAUAUCAAAACAUUUUUAACAGAAUCAAAGGAAGAUAUUUUGAGAUCAAUGUUCAUGAAAAAUAUUAAAAACGUCGAUUUGAAAUCUGACUGAACUCACUUUAAACACAAGUUUCAUUAUUAUUAACAUAUUUGCAUAUUAGGAUUUUUAAAAUGUUACUGUUUAUCAGAUUAGAGAAAGAAUAAUCUAUUUUAUCCAAUCCCUUUCAUUCAUUGGUUGUUCUCUUCUGUAAUAUAUUUCAAAAUUCAAAAAUUAACAAUGAUAUUUAUUCCAUGCAUGAGCAAAAUCUACAAUCAGAGAAAUGAAAAUAUUAACAUUAUUAUAUUAGCUUACAACAAAUUUCUUGUUCCGAAAAAGUGUAUAUCUUUAUGAAAACCUUGUAGAUAUUGUUUAUACAUGUUCGAAUUUCGUUAUUUAAAAAAAAUAAAUGAUCUUUCCUACUUCUGAAUAAUGAUAUUUGUUAAUUUAUUUAAUACUUGUAUAUGAUUUCCUAUCCAUUAUAAAGGGUUUAAUGAUUGGAUGUAAAGAUUGUAAAUUAAGUAGAUAAAUAAAUAUUCUAAAAAUAUGUUUGGUGAAAAUAUGCUGUUAUUCUGGACGUAAGGGUGUGAUUUUAAACGUGCCAGCAAUAUUUUAUGUUAUGACUUAUAAUAAU